UCUUUUAAUGGUAAUCCGGUGGGCUCGACUGUGAGAAAAUACCCAACGUAUAACCGCGAAGGCGGUGAGAUCUGUGCAUCUGCUGAUGGCCAGAUAUCCCGAAAAAGAACCAGAACGAGCUCCAGAAUGAAAAACGAGGCGAUGGGCAACCUUGGCGAGCCGGCGACUGAGUUGGUCCAGGGUGGAAGUGUGCACACUGACUUCCUCCAGCGGCUACCUCCUGCUGGGCAUUUGAGCUUUACUCAAAUCUCCAGACUUCCUUCAUUCACUCGAUGUCAAAAUCUACUGAUCUAUUCCCCGAGCACCGCUAAUUCUCCUAAUUUUAGCUUGCCCUCGAGCCCGUUCAACCUGUCUGUUUUGCAGAGGUUGUUGGGCUCUGUUGGUUCAUUUGGCUCUCUUCAGUCUGCAGCCAUUUGUACCAAAAUUAUCGCAGCCUUUGAGCCGCGCCGCAACUGCGCUGUGUGGAUAUACGAAAUGGCUAUAGCUCCCGGCGACCCUACAAAAAGUGACUGUGCUGCUUUGUGA